AUGGUUUUGCUUUUGUGCCAAAAAUGUGUUUGUCUUCUCUUGAUUCAAGAUGUUUUGAACUUGUUGGUGGCACUUUAUGAUCCUAGGAGCUUCACAGAUGAGAAGAGUGGAAACAGACUAUACGUUGGUAACCUUGAUCUAAGAAUAACUGAAGCUGCUCUUAUUAAGAUGUUUUCUCCAUAUGGGAAGAUUAUAUCUGAGGAUUUUUUAUGGCACAUGCGUGGCCCAAAACGUGGUGAACCACGAGGGUUUGCCUUUAUCCAGUACAACACAAAAGAGGAAGCUAAAUUGGCCAAGGAGAAGAUGCACGGGAGAUUAGCUUGUGGUCGCCCAUUGGUGGUUCGUCUAGCUAGCGAGAAAUACUGGGAGGAAGUGGCACAUAAUUCUUCCAAAGCUGGAGGUGAUACAAUUAAAAGUGGCACUGCUGGUAGCACCUCACGGCAGAUGAGCCGCAGUGCCAAAAUUGCUGUGAUUAAGAACAAAUUGAAGGCCUUGGAUGAAGAGAGAGGUAGCUCAAAAAAGCAGAAUGCAGGCUGACAGCAUUUCUUGUAAUGAUGGAGUUGACCAUCCAUCCAGCAGAUGUUACUGGUACUGAUAAGGUCAUUUUUGGAUUUCCCAGUGGGCUAGAGCUUGCUCUUCAAAGUUGGAGUCCACAUUAGAUCCGGUCUGAAUCUACCCUAAACUCGACCAGUGAACAUCUUUACUGAUUUCUGACUAGUUACUACCCAAUGUGUUAGGGAACAUGUUUCAUUCUCUUAAAAAUCGCUCCUCCACUUGAAAUAAAAAACCCAAAAGGCAAGUUCUUGAAAGAUUCCCCAAGAUAUAUAAAAAUAAGAACCGUACGUGAUUCCUCCCCUGAUCGUAACGUAAAAUGUGAACGGUAACCGCCUCAAAGCCAACGCGAACCGGAUGGAACAUGAACAGGGACCGACUCAAAUUGAUCGAAUCUUAAUUGGCCUGACCUGCUCGGUUCAAUUGCAACUGAGCUUUGGUUCUGUUACAUGAAACAGAGUUGUUAACUAGGUUUUAAAAAAUUUGACUUUCCUCGAUUUCCUCCAGUCUAAGGUUUCAGGGAAUUAUUUUUUGGACAUUCAUGAUGUAGUCUUCCAUUUUAUUUUAGAAUAAUGCCUUUCUCUUUCAAAAAAAGGCAGUAGAUCUGAGAACUGAAAGAAUGCUAAGUCAAGAAAGGUGACUGCUUCACUAGCUUUUGCAACGUCUAUUCCACUGCCAAGUUCUCCUCCACUGUUAAUAGCGUAAAAGCUUCCAUUUCUAUGCAUAAGCCGCACUCAACCUCUACCCCCAGAGCUCCAACACUCAAAUGUUUGUUCCCGCCAAAAUAACCAUUAAGUCCCACGAAGAAGCAGUUGCUUAUCUUUAUCAUCAUCAAGUUGGCUAACUUCUUAACAUACGCCCAACUUGUCUCUCGUCUUACACCGCCAGAGGCCCAAUGCUACCAAAUCCGGAACUGUCAGAUCUCAACUGAAUUUCCCUCUCAUUUCAGCUGACGAUCAUUGGGCCAAGUGGACUUCUCCAUCUCUGCCUUUGGUAUCUGGCACUGGAAUCUCUAUCUUUUGAAUGUUCAACCCAAACUUCUUAUUUGAAUUUGCUGCUUUGAAUUUGAUAAAAUUUUUGUUUAUAUGUUUACCUUUUCAUAAAAUCUUGUUUGACUUUAAUUUGAGUCUAAUUAGUUUAGAGGGUAAGUCAAAUGGAAAGAGAAUUUGUUGUUCUCAACUCAUAGCUAGUUGCAUUCUCUUUUAUAAUUGUGGAAGCAAUGAGUUCUCUUAUUGUCCACU